AUGACGGACCGCCCUAAUGCGACGGAAACCCACGAUGCCAUUACGAACAAAGAGAUAGCAGGAACGGAGCCGGGGAACCAAGCUCGGCCCGCAAUUGAACCCGCCUCUUCAAAGCGGCCCAAUGCAUUUACAGAACUCAUGACCCAGUCGAAGAAACCAAAACCACCCAUCAUUCCCACCGCAGACGGUCCAGGUACAACGCAGAAGGCUGCCAAGACAGCUAAGCGUUGGGAUGGACGGAAUGGGCUAGGCGUCUAUAUCGAGAGCCCCGAGACGAACCCGGAGAACAAAGUAUUGGAGUACGACGAUGACUUUGUUGUGAUAACCGACAAGUAUCCUAAAGCGAGCGUACACCUUCUACUCAUCCCGCGGAAAAAGGUCUACUACGAUCAGCACCCACUCCACGCUCUCUCCACAGACCCAGCAUUCCUCGCCGAAGUACGAAAACGCAUCAUCCAUCUCAGAGAACUCGCUGCAUACGAACUCCGUCGGCAAUAUGGCGACUUCAGCGCUUCAGAUAAACCCUACAACGAGGCCUUCGAGGCAAUGAUGAGCUCUCCCGACCCACCACCUCCGCCCGAGGAGCGCGCGGUACUUCUCCCAUCCGGUCGCGAUUGGUCUAAAGAUAUUGUCGUAGGCGUACAUACCCACCCCUCAAUGAACCAUUUACACAUACAUAUCUUCAGUCGUGACAUGCAUUCAGACUGGAUGAAGCACAAGAAGCACUAUUUGAGCUUCAACAGUGGUUUUCUGGUUCAAUUAGGCGAGUUUCCAUUAGAAGAAGAUAGUAAGAGGUUUCAUCCUGGAGAUUGGCCUAGUUGGGACAUGAAAUGCUGGCGAUGUGGGGAGAACUUUAAGAACAAGUUUGCGGCAUUAAAACAACAUCUCAAUGAAGAGUUUGAGGAAUGGAGGAAGGAAUGA